CACCACUCAACCGCCCUUUUCACCACCAUAUUCAGUGGCACUCAAUAAACUUCCAACCUUCUUGUUCUUUUGUAAUCAAACGAGAUGCUUGGCGGCUAAACUGAAAAACUAACAAGACCACGUCAGAGGGAGAUCAGGGUGGAACACUAUUAAUACAAGAGAAGGGUUGAAAUACUUUUGAGGAAGCCAAGAAGAUGAAAGAGGCCGAACAUAAGCCUGCUGAAUGGAUACUUAGGAUUAACAACUCGCUAGCUGAAGUGGAAAAGCCGUCGAAGAUGAGUAUAUAUAAAGUUCCAAAUAAACUUGUAAAAAUCAAGGAAGAUGCCUAUACACCUAUUAUUGUCUCCAUUGGACCAUUUCAUCAUCAUAACAAAGAGUUGCAAGCUUUUAAUGAGAACAAACGGCGAUACAUGCUACUUCUUUUUAUGAGAAUAUCUAAGCCUGCACUUCUUAUCCUCGAAAAGUGUGCCAUCGCCAUACUAGCUUUGGAAGGAGAUGUCCGAAGAUGUUAUUCAGAAACUAUAGACCUGGAUAACCACCAGCUAGUUGAAAUGUUGCUAGUUGAUGGGUGCUUCAUACUCGAACUGUUUUUGAGGCACUCCAAUAUUGACAAAUAUAAAGACAAAGUUGCUAACCCGAUUAUCAAUAAUGCUCGGACUGUUGUAACUCUUCAACAUGAUUUGGCACUACUUGAGAACCAGAUUCCCUUUUUUGUUCUGCAGAAGUUGUUCGACACUAUAAGAGAGCAUAUACCACAAACAUCAUUUACUGAGCAUAAUGUGGCUAAAUUAGCAUUACUCUUUUUCAAAUCGGCUUUGGGUUUGAGUGACCAAGCAAUUCAAAGUACAUCCUUGGAACUCUCUGGUGAGCAUUUACUUGAUAUCUUGCACAAUUUUUACCUCCCCACAUCUGAUGAAAGCCCUGAAAACAUGCACAAAUCUCACCUCCCCAUAUCUGACAAUAUCAAUGACGAUGGUGAUCGUCAAGCCUCGCAAACAACGGGCUUCAAAAAUUGUGUCACAGGACUUUUACAGGCAGGAAUUCAAUUUCAACCCAAUAUCAAUGUUGACGCCGAAGAAAUUUUCCUACACAUAAAAUACCUUAAGGGAGUUAUUAAAAUGCCAGCAUUACGGAUACAUAAAGCUACAGAAUCAAUCUUUCGAAAUCUGAUUGCUUUUGAGCAAUGUAGCAUUGUCACUACACAUUGCAUUACAUCAUAUGUCUUUCUUAUGAGUAGUCUCCUCAGUUCCUCACAUGAUGCUGAAAUUCUUCAUCACAAAAAUAUCAUAAAAUAUGAUUUGAUUGGCGGUAGCAGUGGCAGUGACGGUGGCAUUCAUGGUGAUAUUGCAGCUCUCUUCAAAUCUAUGUGCGAUAGAGUUGUUUUGAAAGAUUGUUGCUUUUCCAAGUUGUGUAAGGAAGUUAACAACUACCCCAAAUCUUGGUUUGACUGGUGCAGACUUAUAGCAAUAGUGAAGGUCAAGUGUCGUGGAUAUGCAAUAGUGUUGCCAAGUAAAUAUUUUGCUACUCCAUGGACUACAAUGUCACUCAUUGCUGCAGUCAUGAUCCUUGUCUUCACUGCCAUGCAAACCUAUUACAGUACCAGCACUUAUUAUCGUCAAUACUAAGUUCUAGUUUAUUCAUGGAAAGGUGUUGCCAACAAUUUGAGAAGAGAAGACUUUGAUUGCCAAUCUUACAAAGAUUACCAUCUCUUCUUUUCACAUUUUGUUUAUACUAUUACUGGAAUAUUAAUGAUACCUAUGGAGCACAAUGAUACCUUUGUUGCACUCAUUAUAUUCACGUGGUAGCAAAAUGUCAUAAAAACAUAUAGUCGUCUUAGCUUUAUUGUUUUGGCAACAGACUGUAAUUUAAUUUUUUUAUAAUAUGUUUUCAAUUGUGUCAAUCAAUUAUGUGGUUCAUAUUUUUUUAUGCUUUUUAAGAAGUGCACUUUUUUCUACUUGGACUUUGUAAGGUGCGUUGAAAGUAUUCGAUAAUUUAAUAGGAUUCUUAAACAAAAUAUUUUUCUCAAUAAUGCAUGAGUGUGUGUAACAACC